CAUCUUAAUGCUGGAUAAGCCAGAAACUUAGACACUAAAUCACAAGAAGAGCUGAUGGAACAGACUCCAAAAUGAAACGUAGAUGGCUGAAAUCUCACAGCAAAGUACCUACAUAACUUGAUGAGGAUAAGAGUUUGACAAGAGCAUUACCAACCUGACCAUAAAGAAAGCUGGACUCGAAUAGUACCCUGUAAAGAAGUAGAGCAAGCCCUUGGACUGUUCACUACUUGUAUGAAGAACUUUACGAUAGCUAAUGAUUCCAACGAAGGUGAGGGCCUUAAUGAAGACAUACAAUCAUUUAAUGCCAAAGUAGCUCGAACGACUGAUGAAUUUACAAAGUUGGAGCAAGAAGAAGAUCCCAAAAAAUUGGAGGAAAUGGAACAAGAAUUAAUCAAUUUAAUCACUGAACUCAGAAAAAAUGAGUCAUUCAAGCAGUUCUGAGUUAAACAUUACAUGCAUCUAAUAUGAGAGUAUUUGAAUAUUCAGAUAGAUGAAAUUGAACGUUUCAUCGAUACAAAGAUUGACACAAUAUCGCUUGAGCAAAAACUCAAGCAAAGUGAGGAUGGACUUAAAAAUCUUAAUAAAGAACUUAAUGAAUGUAGAAAGAAAUUUGUUAAUACGGUUGGGACUACAACUAUACCUGAUUUUGAAUUGUGAUAUGAACUAAUAACUAGCUCAAAGGCAACAAUUUCUCCAGCUUCAAAGCUUAUCUUAGAUUGCUACAAGCCACAAGAUAUUAAUUUCAUGCAGUGCAUGGGUGACAAUAUUCUUCCAAAUUUUAAUCACUUAAGUAUUAGGAGGAUAGAUGAAAACUUAAAUCUAGUUAACAAUUUUGUACUUUCAUCAUUUCCACAAAAUGUCAAAGGAUUCUCUCUGAACACUAAUGGCAAACUCAUAGAUUGAGAACCAGUCAUGAACUUGAUUAUUCAUACAAGCUCAUCAGUAUUACAAUCAAUGUAUCUUUCUAAUUUUAUAAUAAGUCAAUCUCAACUGAAAACGCUUCUUCAAACUACCUGUAAGAAUCAAAGCGAACUUCAUUUUUUGCAUUGCCAAAUGAUGUUGGAUUCAGUUCCCAAUUUAAACUACUGAUUGAGAGGAUCAAAAAUUAAAGCUUUAAACUUCUCUAAUUGCGGUCCUUCCGGAUAUUGCGACUUCGAGAACCAUCCAGAGAGAUUUGAAAAUUUAAUAAACGCUUUAUCCCAAAGUAGUGACUUCAAGAAAAACUUUAGCGCUAUUUGUUUAUCUAGAUGAGGAAUGGCAAAGCUCUAUGUAGAAGACACACUGAAAAAGUUUGAAUUUCAAGAAGUCACCAUUGAGAAGCACUCAGUGUAAUUUAACUAAACUAAUUUCCUAAUUUUUUUCAA